GUCUUCCCACUCGCGCAACCCACACACAACUGCACAGCAAGCAACGAACACGGGCCGUCCCGCACGCACAGAGCCAGGAGACCUCAAACCCACCUCCCCCCCUUCUCGGCAAGCCUCCUAAAAGCCAAGAUCUCCCGGCGCGCGGCGCAGUAAUGCUCGCCUGAUUGUGCUAGUCAUGGCGCCGCCACAGGAGCGGGACUACAUCGGGCUGUCGCCGGCCGCGGCGGCGGCGGCCACGGAGCUGCGCCUGGGGCUCCCGGGCACGGAGGACGCUGCUGGGGACGGCGGUGGAGCGGCGUCGGAGGCGCCGCUGACGCUGGAGCUUCUGUCCAAGGGCGGGGCGAAACGCGGGUUCGCUGGCGCGGUGGCGGAGGAAGAGGACGAGAAGAAGAAGGCGCAGCCGCCGGCCGCCAAGGCACAGGUGGUAGGAUGGCCACCAAUCCGCAGUUACAGGAAGAACACCAUGGCGACGAACUUAUCUGCUCCCAGAAGCAAAGACGAGGCCGAGGCGAAGCAGGCACCAGUACCGGAUUGCCUUUAUGUCAAGGUUAGCAUGGAUGGUGCUCCUUACCUCAGGAAGGUGGAUCUUAAGAUGUACAAGAACUACAAGGACCUCUCGCUGGAGCUGGAGAAAAAGUUCAGCGGCUUUACUGUUGGUGAGCACUUGUUUUGCCCUUUAUCCUGGCUCUGUUAUUGCUUGGGAUGCCACAAUAACCUUUUUCUACGCAUUUUUACUUGGGCAGAUGCAGUCUUUACCGUAUACAUGUACUCUCCCUCUCCUUGCAUUUUGGUACUCCCUCCGUCCGAAAUUACUUGUCGUCAAAAUGGAUGUAUCUAGAACUAAAAUACAUAUAGAUACAUCCAUUUCAAUGACAAGUAUUUCCGGACGGAGGGAGUACUAAAUAUGGUUCCAUAGAAUGUAGUAUUCGGCGUUUUUAGGGUCUUUAGUUCUAGUAUUGACGGUUGCCUCAGUUCGUCAAGAAUAAGUACCAGCUAUUGUGCUUGUUUAAUAUAAGGUCUCAACUUUCUGGACUGUUUGUCAUCAGGAUUACAUAACAUGGUUUGUGCUGACGCAGCCUUAGAAACACCAUUGAUUUUGCCUGUGAGGUCUGUAGAAAUGAUUUCACAUGGUGUCUUAACAUUAUUGUCCCAUGUCAUUACAAGCCUUAGUUGGACUUCUUUUCAGAGAUAUGUUCCCAUGAAUGCUAGUUCCAGUAUAACUCUUUUGCAAAUGUUCUUUGAGAGGGCUUUACUUGCAUACCGUGUGUUCUUGGUUC